GUUCAAGCAGGACUUGUUUCCUGUGGGAGGUUUCCCAUGCUGGAGCAGGGAAGGAGUGUGAGGAGUCUUCCCCUGAAGAUGAAGGAGCAGCAGAGACAAGGUGGAGAACGAACUUGUGGUGUACAUGAGCUGAUCUGCAUCCGGAAAGUAUCUCCUGAAGCAAUCGGAUUCCUGUCUGCCGUCGGGGUGUUCAUUGUUCUCAUGUUGCUGCUUUUUCUAUAUAUCAAUAAGAAGAUGUGUUUUGAAAAUGUCAGUGGUUUCCCAGAUCUUGAUUCGGGAUACACUACAAGAAAGAACUCACAAGAGAAACUUUGUUAGAAUUAAACCCCCAUAUUUCCACCUCACACAGUUGUCUUAUUUAUGAAAGUAAUGAAUUCUGUAAUGGCUAGUUGGUGCUGCAGUCGAUGAAUGACUAUGGUUUUGCUGGUUCAUUUCAAGACACUUAGCUGCUUUCUUAUUAUUUUCAAUGGAUAUUGAGUGGAAACAGCAAAGCUGCAGCUUCCUCUGGUAAAUGUGUGGAGUUUGAGAUGGGAGCAGCACAUAGCUCUGAAGUUGGAGAAACGGAGCUGAUCCGUUUGUGAAGCGGAGAACCUUUCGGGAUCCGAAGUUGCUGCUGAACAGGUUGGACAGAUGGCGUUUUUCAGGCACCUCCACCAAAAUCUGAGCCUCCCCUCUGUGUCUUCUCUGGUGGACACGCUCAGCAGUGCUGUGGAUGAUCUGACCAGCGCUGUGGGAGAGGUCGGCUACAGUGUAGCCGAUUCGGUAACAGAGCAAGUGACAAACAUGCUGAAUGGCCUUCGUGCAGAAGGUGACAGCUCCAGAGCGCAGAACGAUAAACCUGUGGAAGGCAGAGAGGAACAUACGCCAUCAUUAACUCAGGAAAGUCAUGUGAAAGCCAAGAGAGGUACUGCAGAGCACAGAGAGACUCAUUAUUGUAAUUCAUUAGGUCCUGUACAAAACGGUACAGGUCAGGAUGGAGUAUCUGACCGUGGCACGGACAAAAACCAGCGCGAGUCAAAAGGCACAGAUAGCGAUAAUGGUUUAAGUGACACCGAAGUCACUCAGGAUUUGAAGACUGUAGGAGGACCUCUUAAAAGGGAAGCGGUAGGAGGAAAGGAGUGUUUUGUAAAUGAUAAGUACUUAAAGGAUAAUAACCUGAAAAACAAUCAGUUUACUACGGAACAACCCAUUGAGGAACAAGGUAAUUCCCUGCGUGCAGCACCAGGUAAUUCUCAGAAUCACUUGAACAGAAAAGUCAAAGCACGGUCACCUGGAGCGGAUGCUGAGGCUUCUGACAAAGUGCACGCUAUGAAUGUUCCACAGGAUUCAGAAACAAAACUUGAAGUACAGAAGCCGCAAUCAGCCGACUCCAGCUUGACGAAGAUGAACGAUGAGCACCCCAGUGGCAUUAAUGAAGUCAAAGGAAAGAAACCUGAAGCCUUUUUGGGUAGAAAAGGAAAAUCCCUGUCGAAGGGUGAAGACGGUGUGGGAACCCCAAUUGCAGAAGUGGGUCAAAAGAAAAACUCAAAGAAAUCAGGCAGAGAGCUGUGUAAUAAGAAGACAGCAGGAAAAGACAACUCUUAUAUGAGUAAAGACCAGCAUGGUUCAUCAUCUGAGAGUGAAGAUGAAGCACUGGGUAAAUAUCAUGAGGCCUUGUCUAGAACCCAGAGUUCCAGGCUGCCAGUGGUGGAUGGCAGACAGCAAAAAAACUAUGUAUGGGAAACCAGACAAAAAUAUAGUCCCCUGUCCGCAGAAUAUGAUGGAUACAGUAGUGAAGCCUCAAUAGAUGAAGCAAACUGCAUUCAGAGGAUGAGAAGAACGCCUCCCCUGGAUGAACUGCAGCCGCCUCCAUACCAGGAUGAUAGUGGUUCUCCUCAUCUUUCCUGUACGCCUUCAGAAGUCGGAGACAGUAAAUGUGAAUUCUCCCAAUGUAGCAACAGUCCAAGAUGUUCAUAUAAGUGCCCAAGCGAGGGAAGCACGGGACACGAAAUAGAAAGCUUUCAUAACAAAGGAUACGAAGAGGAUGUACCAAGUGAUAGCACGGCUGUCCUUAGUCCAGAGGAUAUGUCAGCUCGAGGAUCGUCUUCACAGCUUCCUAAACCUUUUGAUCCUGAGCCAGUAGCUAAAUACGGCACACUGGAUGUGACUUUUGACUAUGACUCACAGGAACAGAAGCUUUUGGUGACAGUGACAGCUGUCACAGACAUUCCCACUUACAGCAGGACAGGUGGAAGCUCGUGGCAAGUACACCUAGUUCUUCUCCCUAUAAAGAAGCAGAGAGCGAAAACCAGCAUCCAGCGGGGACCGUGCCCUGUCUUCACAGAGACAUUCAAAUUCAAUCACGUGGAGUCAGAGAUGAUUGGGAAUUACGCGGUUCGCUUCAGACUCUACAGCGUACGGCGCAUGAAAAAGGAGAGGGUUGUGGGAGAGAAGGUUUUUUACUUAACCAAAUUGAAUCUUCAAGGGAAGAUGUCAGUGCCAGUGAUACUGGAACCUUCUUACAGUCUGUCUGGCUGUGACUCUCAAAUGAGCAUGUCAGAAGUGUCCUGCAGCGAAAGUACCUCCUCUUGUCAGUCUCUGGUACAUGGCUCAGCUCCAGAAAUCCUCCUUGGCCUCCUUUAUAACGCUACAACUGGAAGAUUAUCAGCAGAAGUGAUAAAAGGCAGCCACUUCAAAAACUUGGCAGCGAACAGACCACCCAACGGACUGUUCUGUUGUCUAAAACACUUGAUAGGUGGACAGGUUUAUAUAAUCCGAGACACGUAUGUUAAGUUAACGCUGCUGAACUCGAUGGGGCAAGAGAUGUCCAAAUGCAAAACGUCAAUCCGCCGAGGUCAGCCAAAUCCAGUAUACAAAGAGACCUUCGUUUUCCAAGUGGCGCUGUUUCAGCUUUCCGAUGUGACGCUCAUACUGUCUGUAUAUAAUAAGCGCAGCAUGAAACGAAAAGAGAUGAUAGGGUGGAUUUCCUUAGGUCUCAACAGCUCAGGAGAAGAUGAACUCAAUCACUGGACUGAAAUGAAAGAAUCUAAAGGACAGCAAGUAUGUAGAUGGCAUACUCUGCUAGAAUCGUAACGGAUGGUACAAAGUGCAGUCGUGGUUGGACGAGAUUUGGGUCUCCGGCAGACGAUCAUCCCUGGUAACAAUCAACAGACGCGUUGUGGAAGUCAAAAAUGAAAACUGAGGUCAACAUUCCAUCAUAAAGAAUGCACAACAUGCAAACUGGGCGGAUUUAAUAGAUAAUCUUCACUUAGAGUCCUACGUACGCUUCCUUGGUGACAGAGAAGCCUGGCUGUACACAGAUCCGUUAGUGGUCCCUCUCCCAUCUACCUGAUGCUGUAUUUGUUUGGGUUUGUUUUGUGGUUUUGGAUUCAGAAACAUUUUAUGUAAGGUUCUCCAAAUCAGUGUAAGCUCCUCCUCGUGUAAUUUUUGUAUUGCUCUAACACUGUAGCUUCUGACCUGCCUGUGUUCAGAUUAAAGGUCAAUAAUUUGCACUUUGAGAAAAACUGAAUGAUCUGUACAGCAAGAUUAAAACCCACCGGUGGAGAACACUUGGUAAUGCAGCAGAUAAUUCGAUGCUGUUGGUUUACACUGAGUUUCUUUCCAGGAGCUGAGUACAAAUAAGUUCUCAUUUUUCGAUAUGCGGUUGGCUUGAAAAAUCUUAGCAUUUCGGCGACAGGUGAACUUUGGCAUCAAGCUAAUGUUUCUUCAAUCUGUGACAGGAACGAGCUCUAUAUAUGGCAUAAAUUGGGUUUUCCCCUUUUGCCUGUACUUCUGCCUAAUCCAAAGAGACCAGAUCAUUAGUUUGGUCCCUUCCAAAUCUCCUUAGACAGGUUGUACUGUAAAACUAUGUAACUUUCUGUUGAAAGCACUUCCUGUAUUCGUGUAUUCCAAUGUAGGAAGCUCAUAGAGCGCGACUUUACUAAAAUAUUUUUCCAU